AUGCAACGUUCAAGCCAGGAUUUCUGGACGGAGAACAGAGGCUUCCGGCUUUCUGACAUUCUCAACCGACAGAUCACAAGAGGAGACUUCUCCUUGCAGAAUGUGCUCAGUACUGAACACGGACAUGCCUCAGAGGAAUGCACACAGGGCACCUCCGAUGAUGAUCCAAUCAGCAGAGGCGUAGUCAACCUUCAUUUUGCUACCGAUUUGUUUGAAGGAUUCAUGAAGCACCUCAACCCCUUCAUCAGCCAAUUGGAUCCUACGCUACAUACCUUCCAGUACGUUCGGGAGAUGUCGUCGUUCCUUUUUACCGCUAUUUUGGCGGCAGCGGCAAAGCUUUUGCAUCCUGCGCUACGCAAAAAUUUGCUUUCUCAUGCUGAAGAGCUUUUCCUGGAGAGCUUCCGCAGUGGUGCAAAAUCUGUUGAGACAGUUCAGGCCAUACUAAUUCUGACAUAUUGGAAGGAGCCUCGCGAUAACCGUGCAUGGUUAAAUGUAGGCCUCGCUGUCAGGAUGGCCAUCGAGCUUGGAUGGCAUCAUCUUGGGAGUGAUGGCAUGAGACCCCCGGAGAAUACGACUGAUCUUCAAUCGGUGCGAUUCAGGAACAUAGAAAGAACCUGGUUGGUGCUCUUUGUCUACGACCGAAGGUAG